AUGGUUACAUUUCAGGUUUUGCAGGCAGAUGGUGGUGUGGCAUCAGCAGCCAUAAAUGCAGCCACCUUGGCCCUUAUUGAUGCUGGUGUCCCCAUGAAAGACUAUGUUUGUGCAUGCAGUGCUGCCAUGGUUGAUGACUUCCCAUUCCUGGACUUGAGUCACUUGGAAGAGGUUGUGGUUGGAUCAAUGGUCACAUUUGCCUGUCUCCCAAGAUCCAAGCAGAUUGUCCUCUCAGAGAUGAGUGGGAGACUUCACCUGGAUUACCUAGACAAGGUCAUGGAUGCUGCCCUGAAGGGCUGCGAAGAUGUCUUCCACAUCAUGGACAGCAUUGUGAGGAGCCAGGUUGCCCACAUGGCUGCAGCUAUGGGAUAG